AUGUCACAUAAACAUAUUGAAACCGUCAUUUUGGAUGCUGGUCCUUUAAUUACUCAACCAGCUGCAACCUUGCAACAAUAUGCCAAUAAAUAUUUUACAACACCAGGAGUUUUUUCAGAAUUAAAAGACGAAACGGUAAGACAACAAUUAACUAUAUGGGGAUCGGCUUUAGAAAUAAAACAACCAAAACAAGAAUACAUUGAUAAAGUUAUCACAUUUGCAAAAUUAACAGGAGAUUAUAGUGUUUUAUCCGUAAAUGAUAUACAUAUAAUUGCAUUAGCUUAUGAAUUUGAAAUUAUAAAUGGUGGAAUAUUGCGAAGUUUUCCAGGUGAAAAAUUAGGAAAUGAAGACAACGACUUAAAUAAGGAUCAAUCUCCAGUCAAUAAAAAUGAUGAUGGUUUUUCUGUUGUGAGAAAAGGACGUAAAAGAGGAGGUAAAAGACAAAGAGAGAAAAGAGAAGCAGAAUUGAAAAAAUUACAAGAAGAAGCUGAAAAGAAUCAAGAACAAGAUGAAGUGAAUGAAGUUCAGGAUCAACUGGAUGAAAUCACACAAGUUGAAGUGAGGGAAGAGAAACCUGAAGUAGAUGGAGAAAAAGAUGCGGAAUCUUCUGCAAUUACCACGCCAGAACAAUCAGAGGUUAAUGAGGAAUUCAAUGAGUCUGAUGAUGAUGGAGAAUGGAUAACACCAGAAAACUUACAAGAGGAAAUAAUAAAAGAUCAACAUGAAACUAUACAGGAUACAACAAAUUCAGGACCAACAAUCAAAGUAGCACUAGCGACAGGAGAUUUUGCAUGUCAAAAUGUGGCAAUGCAAUUAGGAAUUAAACUAUUAAAUACAAUGUCAGGUAAACAAAUAAAAAGGGUUAGAAAUUAUAUGUAUAGAUGCCAUGCUUGUUUCAGAUUGACUCCAAUAAAUAAAGAUGGUAAACCAAAACAUUUUUGUCCAAAAUGUGGUGGUGAUACAUUAAUUAGAUGUGCAGUAUCAGUAGAUAAUAAAACUGGAAAAACAAUACCUCAUUUAAAACAAAAUUUUCAAUGGAUUAAAAGAGGUGAAAAAUAUUCAUUACCAUCACCAUUAAGUAAAAAUCAACAAAAAUUACAAGGUAAAGGAGGAUAUCAACAUAAUAUUCAAAAUAGACAUAAAUCUCAACAAAAUCCUUUAAUUUUAAGAGAAGAUCAAAAAGAAUAUCAACAAGCUUUAAAAAAUGAUGAUUGGGAAAGAAGACAAAAUGAAAAAUUACUUCAAAAUUGGAUUGGUGGUGGUAGUGCUGAUAAUUAUGUUAGUCCAUUUGGAACUGUUAAUACUAUUAGACCUUCUGGUGUUAGAGUCGGAAAAGGUCGUUAUGUAAAUUCUUCAAAAGGUAAGAAAUAA